AUGGAAACACGCGGUCAGUCCCAUAUAUUCGACAUCAAUAAAUUCUUCUGGAAAAUUUUCGGGAUAUGGCCUGGAGAGAUUCCAAAGCAAUAUUACAAAUACUAUUCGUUCCUGUACAUCUCAAUAACGACGGUUAUGUACAAUGGUUUGCUAACCUUAAAUUUAUUUUACACGCCCCGAACCCUUGAAGGGAUGAUUGGAGAGGUCAUAUUCUUUUUUACUGAAGUGGCAGUGGUCGCGAAAAUAGUGAUGGUCCUUGUACUGAGAGAAAAGAUUAUCUCGAUACUGAAAUUAAUCGAUUGUGCUGAAUUUGAAGCGUGGGAUGCGACGGGAAAAGACAUUUUGGAUAAAAUGUCGUCGAUUUAUAUGACCUGCUGGAGAGCCUGCGCUGCUGUAUCAAACAUCUCGUAUUUCUUUUUUAUAAUUUUACCGAUUUUUUCACACUUCAUUUGGAAGGCUGAUAUUGAGUUGCCUAUAUGCAAGUAUUAUUUCCUCAGCGAUGAAAUUAAGCAAAGAUACUUUAUGUUAUGGUUUGUUUAUCAAGCUAUUGGGAUAUACGCCCAUAUGUCAUAUAACAUAAAUAUCGAUUCCUUUAUAUCGGGUUUGAUGUUUGUGGCGAUACGACAGCUGAAAUUGCUUAGCCACAACUUUUCUCAAAUACAAUCCAGAAAUAAUUCUCUCCUAACUGACUCCAAGUCAGAUUUGGUAACGUUGCAUAAAUUACUAAAGCAUUAUGAUAUUAUUAUAAAAUAUUGCUACGAUAUUCAAGACAUCAUAAGUUUGGUCAUGUUCAUACAGUUUUCUAUGGCAUCGGCAGUUAUAUGCGUUACAAUGUUUGGAUUGCUAACAGUAUCUUCACAUGAAAUAUUCUAUGGAAUGCUAUCAUACUUAUCAGUGAUGACGUCACAGAUUUUCGUCCCAUGCUAUUUGGGAACACACUUGGAUUAUGAGAGCCAAAAUUUAAUGAUUGCUGCCUACAACUGCAAUUGGGUGCCCCAGUCCGAACCGUUCAAGCGCAGUCUUCGCCUCUUCAUAUCGAGAGCCAACACUCCUAUUGUCAUCCAGGGCCUUAAGAUAUUCCCGCUCUCGUUGAAAACAUUUAAUGGAAUAAUGAAGAUGGCAUAUUCUUUCUUUACUCUUUUGCGGAAAGUGCAGGACCGUGAAAUGUAA